AUGACAGCGUUUGAAUUGACCGGUUGGAAGCUUCGUCCGGCAUUGCGUGGUAUUUACCGGCUAGACACUGAGCGACAGUUUGAUCGCCGGCCCACGUUUUGGCACACCGACAACAAGUACUUCCUGUACCACGAUGGCGGGGAGGUCUUGAUUAACACAGCGGACAAGUACAAAAAAAUUUCGCAGUUUCGGAACAAUCAGCACGUUGCGAAAUUUCUAGGCCACCGCGAAGGCAUGAGUUGGUGGCACCCGAGCUGCAUGUGGGAGGAGAGGCAGGUGAGUGGCGAUAUGGAGACUGUGACGAUCAGUUGUCGUCCCGUGAGGCAGCGAUCGUUACUUCAGCAUGGCGGGCACAGUUACAACAGUAACGCAGGAGGUGGCGAGAUCACGCCAUCUACGGCUGGCCGUGGUUUGGGCAGCGAGUAUAUGAAUCAUCCUCACCAGCAUCAGCGCUACACGCCGCACGUGAUCAUUAAUACGGGGUGCUGGAUUUUCCGCGACGCGGAGCGCGCAUGUGCCACGACGCACCUUCAGGGGGGAUCGGUGUUUUUGCUGCACUCCCAGUCAUUUUUGAUCCAG